AUGCUUGGGUUUGUCAAGUCUGGUGAGGAUGUUGAGUCAGGGGACUGCCCCGACACACCUCCAAAGUCAAACAUUGUAAGCUUGGUCGACCUUCUCAUGGUCAAGUACUUCAUCAACUGUUUGGGUACGAAGUGCCCACCACUGCCUCCAUCACUGCCAGGCACCUCUAUUCCAUCCAAUGAUCUUGAUGCAAAUAGUAAAGUAUGUAGUUUGGUUGGUGCGGAAGGCUCGGAGAAGCUGUCUGGUUGA